AGGAUACCAGCAGGAUAUUUUCUUAAAUGGUAAAAUUAUUUGUGCGUGUACAGACUAGUACAAAAUAAGUACUAAAUGUUUCACUAGAUUGCAUAAUUUUUCUGUAAAAGAACUGAUAUAAAGAUGUAGGUUUUUUUCAUAAAGUGAUCGUUAUAAAGAUGACACUGCUAGCGGCCAUACCAACGAUAAUCUACUUAUUUACGAAAACGCUUUGCGACUUGCCAAAUUUUGUUGAUUAGUCGUAUUUUGCGCUUCUUAAGAGAACAAUCGCGGAAAGCAGUGUCACCCGGAAUUUUUAUUUUCUCUUGUGUGUGUUUUAAAAUAAAUUGUUAAUUUUCCGUUUAAUAUAUUUUUGUUUUUCCCUCUUCGCCCUCAUAUCAUACAAUAUCCUUUAUGAUUUUGCUGGUUUGGUCUUUCGAGCUUCAGAGACCUACCUAAACCUGGCACCCGACUUUAAAAAAUUUAAUUUCUUUAAAUUAUAUGGUAUUCGCAUUCGUUUGUACCCGUUUGUAAAAACCCUUCUUUUCGUUUCUACCCUAAGAGGCGAAAAGUUACUAGAGGAUAAAAAUACCCCAGCACCUUACUUUAACAUUUUUUAUUUUUUUCAACGCCAUCAUAAGAAGAGACGUUUGUACCCGUUUGUACUACCCUCACUUCUCGAGAAAUGGACGUAGUUGCUAGGAGACAUCGCAACGGGAUGUACAAUAUAAAAUGAAGGAGGGCCUCGAAGCCCUCACUUCGUUUUUACGAUUUUUAGAGAACAUAUCGUCUGCACAUUUUUCGAGAUUAUUUUGUUACUUGGUUACUUCAGUUUUUUCGUUUGUUGGAAGCAAUUAAUUUUGUCACAUGAAUUUCGAUUCAUAUACAUUUCGGAAUGUUUCCUAUCAAGAAGCAGAAAGGAGGCAAAAUUACUGCUGAGGUCAUCAGUAAAAUGCUCGCAGACGCCAAGAAAAAGAUUAGCGUGCAGAUGAGAAAUAAGGCGGAAGCGCGGAAAGAGCAAGGGGCGGCUAAAGCAGCGAAUUCUGCGACAAGCAUUCAGGGAAAAGGAGGAGAGGGAAACGGGAAGGUAGGAACAGCGACGACGGGAGAAAAAAGGCUACGAUACGAAGGGAAAAAUAAGGAAGACAGCAUGCUGGUGGAAGCCAUUGAAAGCGUGGAGGAGGUGGUCUCCUGCGGAAGCGAUGGCGAUAACAACGACUGGAGAAUGAGAAGUUUAUAAUAGAGAGGGUAUCACUUCAUGGUGAGAUGUUCCUGGAGCUGCGCAAAAUAAAG